UUGUGGCUGCGCGCCGAUCACCGGUGAUGCUACUCCAGUGUUGCAUGCUGAGGAGUCCCAAAGCUCAGUCCCUUUAGGAUGAAGACGCGCUUUGCUGGUGGAAACGAGGGGAAAUGAAGAUGAAGAUAAGAGUGUGCCAAGGGGUUGGUGGCAUCGUCGUCGUUACCAUGGUUACCAGCCUUAUGAUAGUGUACAACAGCAGUUCAGCUGACAGAUCAUCUUCCUCAUCUUCAUCAUUGUCUUCCCGCCGUUUGGAUGCUCCGGUUCCACACACAAAAAGACCAGACAGAAAUGCAACAUCAGUCCUGGAGGGGUAUGCAGGUGUCAUGGAUCACAAGCCUCUGAAAAUGCACUGCAGGACUUGUGCCCUGGUGACUAGCUCUGGGCAGCUGACUGGAAGCAUGCGGGGUGAAGAAAUCGACCGCUCUGAGUGUGUUAUCCGUAUGAAUGAUGCUCCCAGCACAGAGUAUCAGGAAGAUGUUGGUCAGCGCACAAACCUGCGUGUUGUAGCUCAUUCUAGCCUCCAAAGGGUGCUGCGGAGCAGACAGGAACUGCUCAAUGGAAGCCAAGAGACAGUGUUCAUCUUCUGGGGACCAAGCAGCUGCAUGAGACGGGAUGGUAGAGGCCAUGUUUUUAACAACCUCAGGCUGGUGAACCAGCUACUGCCCAAACUUAAAGUCUACAUAAUUACCCGAAUCAAGAUGCUGAAGUUUGAUGAAUUAUUUAAGAAAGAAACUGGUGUUGACAGGAAGAGAUCCAACUCCUGGCUGAGCACCGGAUGGUUCACCAUGGCAAUUGCCCUUGAGCUGUGUGACAGGAUCAACGUAUAUGGAAUGGUACCACCUGAUUUCUGCAGAUCUUCCUCCUAUCCCACUGUGCCGUAUCAUUACUAUGAGCCCUUGGGGCCUGACGAAUGCUCCAUGUACCUUUCCCAUGAGAGAAGUCGACGUGGAAGCCAUCACCGCUUCAUUACAGAGAAGAGGGUAUUUUCAAACUGGGCUCGAACUUUUAACAUCCACUUUUACCAGCCAGACUGGAAGCCCGCUGCUGUCAUCUCCAAUGAAAACAGCUCACACUCUAUAAUUCCAGCUGGAUCCUGAUGCCCAUUCCACAGCUGAUCCAACAAAAGUGAGAUAUGUGUGUGGACAAUUUCCAGUGCACAGAUUUCCUCUCUGGCUGUUAGGAAUAUAUGAGACAGCAGAAGGACAGAACAACCUGCUUGUGCCUGUUAGCGGAGUAUCUGAAUGACUUGGCAUGGUGGGAUCAUGGCACAAUAGCAGCACAAAGCCUCCAAGAAAAAUGUGAAAAUGUAACUGUAAUGGGAAGAAUUUCAUGGUGGAAUCAAUGUCAUGGAAGUUAGCUCAAAUCUGUUUCCACUUAAGAUGUCAGAAUGACGAUAACUGAUGGGAAAGUAUAUUACUCUGACGAUAGUAUGGCUGAUCCAAUACUUGUGAUACUACAUCAUGUCCAUUGUACUGUGUGAGUGAAUAAUGUAAUGUUUAUGUUUAAACAAAGUGAUUACAAUUUAUCUAUCCUAAAUGGAACAUUAACAUUAGAGCUAAAUUACCUGAUAAUCCAUCUACCAGUGUCAGCUUCCUGGUAGCAAUAAACUGAGAUUCAUCCACUUUGUACAGAAUUUGUACCUAAUUUGACAGUUUCUCAAAAGGUUUGAGUCAUUGUGAUAUGCUUCGUCUGGAAGUAAAACUAAAAAAUGCAUAUAAAGUCAUUUUAGUCCUGCAAAAUUGCUUUGCUGUCAAGUAGCUGAAGACCACAAGACCACUGAAUCCUGCAGCUGACUGACAGCAACACUGCAGAGACGACUUUUUACUGCACAACUUUUUGAAAGUUUAGGCAAAGACAUCAAACAAGGAUAUUUUUUUUAAUAACUAAAAAUUUAAAUGGUCAAGAAUUGAAAUAAUAUAAUUUUGACUAGAUAAAACCACCACAACCCUACAGGUUUUACAUUUUGUUGAGAUAUGUUAUUCAAUAUAUUACAAAUAUUUGGUAAUAAAUAUUGCCACGUUUCACUAAUUACUGUCUAGCUCAAUCUGUUUUCUUAAACAUGACAAUGAGCUCCCUAUACUGCAAUGGCCUCCACAAUCAACAGAUCUCAGUUCAAUAGAGAAAUUUCAGGAUGUGGUGGUGCAGGAGAUUCUCAUCAUGGAUGUGCAGCAGACAAAUCUGCCACAACUGUGUGAAGCAAUGAUAUCAAAAUGGACCAACAUCUUUGAGGAUUGCUUCCAACACCAUGUUAAAUCCAUGUUGCAAAGAAUUACUGCAGUUCUGAAGGUAAAGGGGGUCCAACACAGUACUAGCAAAGUGUACCUAAUAAGAUGGAAAGAAAGUGUAUAUCUUAUUUAAGAAAAUAG